GUAGAAUUCCUGCGACGCACGUGUGAGCGCAGAGAGGAGCAGAGAUGGCUGCGGAGAGGCUUCAGUUUCACGAGAUGGGCCUCGACGACCGUCUGCUAAAGGCGGUUGCAGACCUGGGUUGGUCCCACCCCACCCUGAUCCAGGAGAAGGCCAUCCCUCUGGCCCUGGAGGGGAAAGACCUCCUGGCUCGAGCUCGGACCGGAUCCGGGAAGACCGCCGCCUACGCGAUCCCCAUCAUCCAGCGCGUCCUGGCCUCCAAGCAGAGCGUUCGUGAGCAGGAUGUCAGAGCGCUGGUUCUGGUUCCAACCAAAGAACUGGGUCAGCAGGUCCAGACCAUGAUAAGACAGUUAACGGCGUUCUGCUCCAGAGACGUCCGCGUGGCCGACAUCACCGGGAAAGCUGACCUGUCUGCACAGAGGCCCGUCCUGAUGGAGAAGCCCGACGUGGUCGUUGGGACGCCGUCCCGCAUCCUCGCCCACCUCACCGCCCAUAACCUGGUGCUGAAUUCGUCCCUGGAGAUGCUGGUGGUGGACGAGGCCGACCUGCUCUUCUCUUUCGGCUUCGAGGCCGACCUGAAGAGCCUGUUGUGUCAUUUGCCGAAGAUCUACCAGUCGUUCCUGAUGUCGGCCACGUUGACCGAGGACGUUCAGGCCCUGAAGGAGCUGCUGCUGCACAACCCCGUGAUCCUGAAGCUUCAGGGCUCUCAGCUGCCGGACAGCAGCCAGCUGCAGCAGUACAGCAUCAAGUGCGGAGAGGAGGAGAAGUUCCUGCUCGUCUACACGCUGCUGAAGCUGCGUCUGGUCCGGGGCAAGACGCUGGUCUUCGUGGGCGCGGUGGAGCGGAGCUACCGGCUCAAACUGUUCCUGGAGCAGUUCGGUAUUCCCUCCUGCGUGCUCAACUCUGAGCUGCCCGUCCAGUCCAGGUGUCACAUCAUCACUCAGUUCAACCAGGGCUUCUACGACUACAUCAUCGCCACCGACGAGGAGAGCCUGGCCGACCCCGCCGCCGCACUGCAGGCGGCGGGCAAAGGGAAGAAGAAGAAGAAGAAGAAGGGCACGGAGAGAGGAGGAAGAGGAGGAAAGACGAAGGACAAAGAGUACGGCGUCUCCAGAGGCGUCGACUUCCAAAACGUCGCCAAUGUCGUCAACUUUGACUUCCCGUUAACCGCAGAGUCGUAUAUUCACCGAGUGGGAAGAACGGCGAGAGCAGACAACCCCGGCACCGCUCUGUCUUUCAUCGCUCCCACUGAGCACAGUUUGCUGGAGGAGGUGGAGGAGGCGCUCACAGGAGAUAACGCCGGCACGGGUCUGAAACCGUACGAGUUCAAGAUGGAGGAGAUCGAAGGCUUCCGGUACCGAUGCAGGGACGCCAUGCGCUCGGUGACCAAGCAGGCGGUGAAGGAGGCCAGACUGAAGGAGAUCAAACAGGAGCUGCUCAACUCGGAGAAGCUGAAGACGUAUUUCGAGGACAACCCCCGGGACCUUCAGCUGCUCCGACACGACAAAGACCUCCACCCGGCCGUCGUGAAACCUCACCUGAGGAACGUCCCCGAGUACCUCAUUCCGGAGACGCUGAAGGGCGUCGCGAAUCCGCUGUCGAACCGGAGGAGGAGGAAGAAGCUGCUCAAACCGAAACCAGAGGGAGUCGUGAAGAGCAGCUUCAAGAAGAACAUCCCAGGGAAGAACCCUCUGAGGAGUUUCCGAUACAGCGGAGCGAGGAACCAGAAAGGCAAAGCGGGCCAGUCGUAGCUGCAGAACACCCGGAAACGAGCAUCCGGUCCUGGACCUCUGAACCAGACUUUCCACCCGCAGCUCGGUUCCGUCUCUCCAACGGGAACCGGACUCUGGACUCUGGACCUUUUGAAAACAAGAGGCGAAAUGCAAGAAACGUCAGUUUGAAGUUGCAAAUCCAAACGUACAGUAUCUGUAUUCAUCUUACGUCUGUUGUGGUAACGUUGAAAAUGUUUGUUUAAAAUAAAGUGAUUUUCUUCUCAAA